UCCUACUCGUUCCCAUUACAUACCAACCAACCUUUCCUUUGUAAGUACUCCACCAAUGGUUUCUAGUUUUCAAUAUCACCAACCAGCUAGCGCGCCCAUGGGUUCAUGCAUGGCAUGCUUCCUUUCCUAACCAGUAAUCAACUCCAUUAAUAUAUAUAUAUAACCUCAACUCAAACUUAAACUCAAUCACCGGCAACCUAGCAUUCUUUUGUUCACAGAUCAACCACCUCCAUCAAUGGCAUUCACUCUCAAGCAUGUCUUCUCUUAUGCUCUUCUCCUCUUAGCCUGCAGGCAACUGGUUACCAAUUACCUCCUCCCUUACAACAAUCAAUUACAACAUCCAGUCAUCCCUCUUAUCUACCCAUUAUUCAUCAUCUCAGCAGUACUUUUUUUUUACCUGAAGCCCAGACAAAAGAAAAUCAACACACCUCCGGGCCCUUUCUCCUUGCCAAUCUUUGGCAACUGGCUUCAGGUUGGCAAUGACUUGAACCACAGGUUUCUAGCCAAGCUAGCCCUCAAGUAUGGCAAUGUCUUUCUCCUUAAACUGGGGGCUCGAAACUUAGUGGUGAUAUCUGAUCCGAAGCUGGCCACUGAGGUCCUCCACACACAAGGAGUCGAGUUUGGCUCCCGCCCACGCAAUGUUGUCUUCGACAUCUUCACUGGCAAUGGGCAAGACAUGGUGUUCACCUCAUACGGAGACCACUGGCGCAAGAUGCGUCGCAUAAUGACCCUCCCCUUCUUCACCAACAAAGUAGUGCAACAGUACAAGGAUAUGUGGUGCGAGGAGAUGGACUUGGUGCUCAAGGACCUACGCAGCAACAAGGUGGCCAUGCAACAGGGAAUGCUGAUCAGGAGGAGACUCCAGCUCAUGCUCUACAACAUCAUGUACCGGAUGAUGUUUGACUGCCGGUUUGAGUCUGAGAAUGAUCCAAUGUUCUUGCAAGCCACCAAGUUCAACUCAGAGAGAAGCCGGUUGGCCCAAAGCUUUGAAUACAACUAUGGUGAUUUCAUCCCCAUCCUCAGGCCUCUCCUCAGAGGUUAUCUCAACAAGUGCAAGGAUCUGCAGGGCAGAAGACUUGCAUUCUUCAACAAUUACUUUGUUGAAAAGAGAAGGAAGGUGUUGUCCGAGAGUGGCAGCAAUAGAAACAACAAGAAACUUGCAUGUGCCAUAGAUCACAUACUGGAAGCAGAGAAGAACGGAGAAAUAAGUUCACAGAAUGUGAUUUACAUUGUGGAGAACAUCAACGUUGCAGCUAUAGAAACUACAUUAUGGUCGAUGGAGUGGGCAAUCGCAGAGCUUGUGAACCACCCUCAAGUGCAAGACAGGGUGAGAAAGGAGAUGACAGAAGUUCUCCAAGAUGAAGAGAUAAGUGAGUCUAACCUAGAGAAGCUACCCUACUUGCAAGCGGUGGUAAAGGAAACCCUAAGGCUUCACAGUCCCAUACCACUCCUAGUGCCUCACAUGAACCUAGAGGAGGCCAGGCUAGGGGGUUGCACUGUUCCCAGAGGGUCCAAGGUGGUGGUGAAUGCAUGGUGGUUAGCAAACAACCCUGAGUGGUGGAAUAAGCCUGCCGAGUUCAGGCCAGAGAGGUUCUUAGAAGAGGAAUGUGGAGUGGAUGCCACUGUUGGAGGGAAAGUGGACUUCAGGUUCGUGCCCUUUGGCAUGGGACGGCGCAGCUGCCCGGGGAUCAUACUGGCCUUACCCAUACUUGGGCUAAUUUUGGGAAAGCUGGUCAGGAACUUUGAGAUGAUCACACCACCGGGGGUGGACAAGGUUGAUGUUAGUGAGAAAGGUGGGCAGUUUAGCCUUCACAUUGCCAAGCACUCCCUUGUGGCCUUCCGACCUGUCAACUAAUCGAUCACUAUGUGACCUGAUCGGCAUGCUCAGUUUAUACCAUGCAUGCGCAUGCAUGCAUGUGCGUUGUUGUCCUAGCUAUAUAUAUAUAUACAAAUACAUUUUUAUUCGUGUACCGAUAAUAGUUGAUUGUUGAGAUCGAAUUAAUGAGAAUAAGACACAUGAUUGUUUAAAUUCCUAGAUUAACGGGGGAACAAUUAACUGCCAGUAAAAA